AUGUCUUCCAUAACACUCCGCUCCCGUUUAACCUCUCUCCUUUCCAAGCGCGGCCGCCGCCUAUUCAGCACCGACUUCGCUCCCAAAGAGCCAUUCGCUGCCGCCGAAACCCUCUCCUCCAAUCCCACACCGCCUCCGACCGCCGCCCCCGCUGCCGCCAAUAGAAAGCCCUGGAAGUUCCUCAAGUACUCCCUCAUUGCCGCUCUCACCGGAGCCACCGCCUCCGUUGGCUAUGUCUCCUAUGCUUACUCGUUCGACGAAAUUGAUGAAAAGACAAAGGCUCUGCGAGAAGAGUGUGCGAGUAUCGAGAUUCCAGAUGAUGCUUCUGUUAUUGAUAAAUUCAAAAGUAUGGUCUAUUCUUCUGCAAUUACAGUUCCUGCUAAAGCAGCUGAAGCUUACCUUGAUGCAAGGAGGGCAAUUGAAGAACAAGUUCGAGGUUAUACUGAACCAUACGCAGAAAAGCUUCUUCCUGAUAUGCUCCCUAUCCAUAGAAAUAUGUGUACACUUGUUCUGGAUCUACAGGAGACAUUACUUUAUUCUUAUUGGACGAGAGAAAAGGGCUGGCAGACAAUUAAAAGACCUGGAGUUGAUGCUUUCUUAGAACAUCUUGCUCAGUUUUAUGAAAUUGUUGUGUUUUCAGACUAUUCACAAAUGUACGUAGAUCCUGUAAUGGAGAGACUGGACCCAAAACAUUGUGUAAUUUGGAGGCUAGGAAAGGCUGCCACCAAGUAUCAGGAUGGAGUGCAUUAUAGGGACCUUUCAAAGCUAAAUAGAGAUCCAAGAAAGAUCAUAUAUCUUAGUGCCCAUGCACGAGAAAAUAGCCUUCAGCCUGAAAAUGGUGCCGUGAUAAAGCCAUUUAAGUCUGAGUUGGAUGAUACAGCUCUUGUAGAUUUCAUCCCAUUUCUUGAAUUUGUUGCGCGGAGCAAUCCAGCAGAUGUCAGACAAGUAUUAGCAUCAUAUGAAGGACAGGAAAUUCCUGCUGAGUUUAUUAGGCGUUCCAAGGAGCAUCAGAGGAAAAUGCAAGAAAAGAAGCAGCAUACAAUCUGGAGGCGUUGAUCCAAGUGACGGAGCCAGAAUAAUGUAAAAACUAGGCGAUUGUUUCGGGCGUAAUUGGCAAUCUGGUUUUGAAGUACGCAGAGUUAGAGAAGUUAUGAAGCCAAUUUCAAAAGUGUUUUUUUUUUUUUUUUUCCUAAAAAAAAAAGAAACAAAAAUUAUUUUGCGGCGUGGAUAAAAUCUGGAACAGUAUAUGUUCAGCUCAGUCUUUGGGCUGCUGACACUGUACUUCUGGCAUCUGAUCUAUUUUCUCUGAACAUCGAAGCUCUAACCAAUAUCAGUUUACAUUUUGACUGUACCUGGAAAGAGAUUGGAUUAUGAUAUUGUGCCUCCGAUAAUUACCGGCUGUCACAUCUGUUCAAUUUU